GUGGACGUCCAAUAGCAAACAAGGAGACAGCUGACCAGAAAGACGCAAUGAUAAUUUUCUGUUGAUAUAAUAAAUAAAAAUCAAAACUGAAUUAUGGAGAACGAAGAUGCUUUGCAAAGUGGUAGAAUGCCGACUAUUGAUUCAAAAGACUUUUCUUUGCCUGAAGUUGAUGUUCCCAAAAGUGAGGCCAGCAGUGAAUAUGGAUAUCUGUCUCAAUUUCCUAGAAGCUUAAAUUUGUUUCCUUUUUUUGGAAGAUAUACAAAUGUUAUCCCAGAGGAAACUGAUGAUGCUGUAAGCACACAGGUGUAUUCUACUAUUCAGUCCACUGCUGGGCCAAAGGAUAAUUUGAUUACUGAGGUAAAGAAACUAGGAUUAACUGCACAAGCACCCCAAGUAGAUAGUGAAAUUCACAAAUUUGAACCUUAUUGGGUUGAAGUUGGACCAAAGAAUAGACAUUAUGAUACUCGUCGCCAAUCAGUAGGAAGGUUGAGCAAUUUAAAGCACAGAAACGACAAAGAUCAUAGCGAUGAAAAAAAAACAAAUGUUAUUCAGGAUGACUUAGCUUUGAUAGAAAGAGAGAGAAAAAGCUCAGAACCUGUUGUGUCAUCCCAUGAUGAUCUUGUUGAUUUUAGAAAUGUAAUAAUGGUUCCACCAAAAACAGGAACAGAAUCUGCAUUGGAAAGUACAAUGUUUGCAGCAGUUAACAGGCGUGGAAGAAUGUUCAGAAAAUAUGAAUUAACAGCCUCCAAGGAUAUACCUCAAUUUAGUCGAGGUCAAUUAUUUGGAUCAAAAAAGGGGCUUGGACAUCGUAGAUCAAGUUCUGCAAGUAAUAUUCCUCAGCUAGAGGGAGAAAUAUGGACAAAAGAUGGACAUCUAGAUAAAUACCAUUCCACUGAAAAUCAACUGGAGUCAUUUCAAGAAAAAGUUGAACAGAAAAGUUCGGGUCUCAGAAGAACUAGUUCAACAGGUGCACUUCAGCGACUUGGAGCAGAGCAUUCUUUUUUAGAUGAUCAGCAAGUAGAAUACCAUAAAGAAGGAGAGAAGGGUUCUGAAAUCAAAAGACAUGAAAGUGCUGAUAGUACAGCUUCAAAGGGAGUUAGUCUUGAUACAUCUGCAGUCAAAAAUAAACUACAAAGUAUAGGAAAGAAAACAGUAGAAUUGGCUACUACUAGCAAAGUUCGUCAGAAUAAACGAGAGCGAAAUAUGUUUGCUCCUACAUCUUUCUAAAGUUAAAACUUGAAAAUAUGAGGUAGGUAAUAAUACAUAUGAAACUUGAGCAUUGUUGUUGAGGUUGUUUUACAUUUUAACGUGAUUCACACUUACACAAAUGUAGAUUUUGAUAUUAUAAAGCAUGUAUUUUUUUUUUAAAAGCAGUUUUACUUUGCUUUAGUAAAGUUAAGACAUUUAUGAUUUAAAGUAUGAUUUACCCAAUAAUCUGAAACAAAUGUGAAUAAUUCAAUAUCUUCUAAAGAGAGGUGUUUUCACCAUCUUGCUUAAACUCAUUCCUUGCAAAAAAUUGUUAAAUGUUUUGAUUGGCCAAUAAUUAAUGUUGUCAUGAACUGAUCUGAAAAUAUUGUUUCAAAUAACAUAUCAUUUGAGAAUAAAAUGGGUGUUGUUUUCUAAUUGUUCAAAACCGCUUGUCUUUCAAAUAUGUUCAAGUUUUUAAUACAUGAAGGUUUUUUUUUGUACAUUUUUUUUUAAAGUAUUCUGCUAUCUUUAAUAUUGUAUGCUCCUUUGCUAGUCUUGUAAGUUAGUUCUAAAUUUAGAGCCAGAGGUUUGAGAUUGGUCUUCAGAGGUAAAAGAAUAUUUGAUAAAUAUUGAGGAAAAUUUCCCUCCAAUAUUGAAGAGUUUACACCUAUGGGGAUUAUGAGAGCUAAUGUAAAAUAAAAAGUAAUACCAAGCAAUCAAUACAUGUUCACGUAAGUUUGGUUUGUUGGCUUACAAGUUUUUGGGAGAUUGUUUAAGCACCACAGUUAAAAUUGACUCAUACAGAUAUGACAUAAGAGUAAGUUUUAGUCUGUUUAUAGAGAAAAACUGUGAUUUGAAGAAUAAAUGAUAUAAUUAUUGUUUCGAUUUGAACUGCAAUUACACAAUAAAAUUUCAUAAAACAAACUUUGCAAGCAAACUUAUCAAACUUUUGUUGAGCCUUCUAUUGUUGAAGAACUCUAUUCUUUACUGAUAAGACCAUAUUAGUACAAAUAGAUGAGAAAUCUGAAUUAAAUGUUUCUUUGAUAUACAUUUAGUAUGUCUGGUAUGUAGACAAGUUAUUAUUUUUCAAACUUCCACUCUCAUGACUAUAUUACCAGGGAAGUAGGGAUCAUUUUCAGUGUAACCAUUCCUUAUUAGUCCCCUACUGACGAAGUCGAAGAGGACUUUAGGUUUGCACUCCGUCUGUUUGUCUGUCUGUCUGUCCAUCCGUCAGUCCGGCAAAUCAGUUUUCCACACUUUUUUUCUUUGUGCUUGAAAAUAUUGAUUUGAUAUUUGGUAUAUUGUUUUAUUAUGACAAGUUACAGAUCAAGUUCAAAUUUUGUUUCGGUCAGAAGAUUUUGUUCAGAGUUAUGGUCCUUGGACUUAGAAAAUUCACUCAAAUAAUCAGUUUUCCACACUUUUUUCGUCAUGCUUGAAGAUAUUGGUUUGAUAAUUGGUAUACAGUUUUAUCAUGACAAGUUAUAGACCAAGUUCGAAUUUUGUUUCGGUCUGAAGAUUUUGUGCAGAGUUAUGGUCCUUGGACUUAGAAAAUUUACUUAAAUAAUCAGUUUUCCACACAUUUUUUGUCAUGCUUGAAGAUAUUAAUUUGAUAUUUGUUAUAUAGUUUACGCCAUGACAAGUUAUAGAUCAAGUUAGCAUUUUGUUCCAGUACAAUUAAUUUUUAACUGUUAGGGGACUAUGUAUUGCCAUGCAAUACUCUCAGAAUGCUUGUUUACAGUUUUGGUUUCCUCAUGUUAAGUAUGGCUGUGGUACAUGUAUGUUUACCAGGUAUGAAUAUGUGUAGUGCUAUAUAUUCCAUUUUAAAUUUCAUAUGUAAACGUUAGUGCUUGUGUUCAAAAAUAUGUUUUUAUAUUUUAAUCAAUUAACUUUUCAUUCAAUGACAAACCUAUAUAAGUAUAGUACUUUGUUAUUUCAUAUUUUACAAUCAUGUGUGCAAUUAGUUUUUACGGGAUAAAAUUCAGGUGUAUAUUAUUAUAAAGUUUACAAAAGGACUAAAAGAAAACAGUGUGUUAUCAGAAAUGAUUAUCUUCAAAUUUUUACAUGUGAAAGUGUGUUAUUGAAUGUGUAAGAAAUUGUUGUUUACUUUUUUGAAAAAUUGUUCUCUAUUUUGUCUAUAUACAAAUCCUUGAUAUUUAUAAUGUGUUUUUUUCGUUGGUUACAGGAAUAACUUGGGAAUGUUUUGAAUUAAUUGGUAAUCCAGUAUUUAUAUUGACUUGUGCUGUUGAUAAAAUAAAAAUACUUGCAUCAUUUGUCUUUUAUAUGCAAAAUGUAAUAAACCCAAGAUUAUAUACAUAUGAGAAAAUAAUUCACAUAAAUGUUACAAUGUAUUUUUAUAUGUCUUGUUCAAUGUAGUUCAAUUCAAUUCAAUUUGUCAUUUUUUUUAUAUUUAGUGUACAAUGAAACAAAGGCGAGAAAAUUAUACAUGUACAAUGUAAUUAUAUUAUGAGUGUUUCUGAUCUUCAUAUUGGAAAUGCAUUCUCAUCCAUCAUAUAUGUAGUUGCAUUAAGUGCCAUACUUGGGCCUAUAAAAUAAAUUAUUACAAAAAGUAUAUGAAUUUUGUAGUAUAAUGGUACAUAAAUAUAAUCAAAAGUUCAACUUUGUAAGGUCUUUCAUGUUCCAUGAAUAUUCAUCUAGACUUGAGUGCCAAACUACAGGACAACUUCAAUUGUGUUUUAAACAUUAAGUUUUGACAUGUAUUUUUGAUUGAGUUACAUGUACAUGAGGAAUAUAUUCAAAAACUUCUAACACAUUUGUUUGAGAAGUGUUAUUCAUAUAGAUGAUUUAGUUGAUUGUUCAGUUAGCUAUUGCAGGCACUGUAUAUUCAAUAAAAAGAACAUUAUUCAAUAUUUUUAUUUCAGACAAAAAAUACAUAUGUGAAAUAAAAACCUGAUUAUACAAUGUCAAAGAAUUGUUGAAUUUACCAAUAUUAGCCAGUGUCAUCAACAGCAUAAUUUGUAUUCAUUUAAUUUCUGUUUUUUGGCAUAAGGCUGUUCCAAUAUUGAUUAUUGUGCGGGGAUGGGUGGCACUCAAAUUAGGUAAUUUUGGGUUGUCGUGACUUCCUUAAAAUUUUAUAAGAAUUGUAUCUAAACUUUAAAUUUUAUAUUGUGGCUGGUUGGGGUCUCAAAGAAAGUGCCUCCCCCACCCCACCUCCAUGCGAUUAAUUCUUGUACAUCCCUUAUAUGAUACCUAUUCACACCAUAUUUUUUUCUGGUAGUGAAGUUGUUACAAAUGAUCACACUUACAUGUAGAUAUGUUUUAUGAAUGUUAUAGUAAUCCAUGAUAUUAUAUGAAACCAAAGAUCAAUCAUCAGGUGUUAAAAAAUGGUCCAAAUUGUCAAAUGUACAUUCAUCUUUAUCAUGUGUAAACAAAAAUGUCUCAACUGGUAACAGUAAGAAUUCACAAAUCUUACAUUGGUAUGUGCCAUUUGGAAACAUUAUGUCCCUUGUUAACAAAGGAAAUUCUAUAGUGGACAUAACUUUAAAUCUAUUUAUAAAAAAAACUCUCCAUUUAUUCCAGUAACUAUUUUUAUAAGCUGGAGUAAAUAUCUUUUUGUUUUUUGGAGACUUGUUCAUACCGUUUAUGAAAGUUGUUUUUAAUGUUUAUUUUGCCUUGUUUAUGAUGUAACCAAAUUUUCAUCGAUUAUGACUGUUUUUAUGAAAGUAUAUGAUCUGUAUUGCAUAUUUUUAUUUAUAAAUGUACACAUGUAUUUAUUUACAUUUUUGAAUGUAAAAGAUUGUAUAAAAAUGUCAAACCUCAUAA